GUGAUGUCACGUUUACGCAUUCCACGUCACGGAAGUCGCAGACAUGAUCCAUUUACACUCCGAAUCGAGCGGAAAUUUCGGGUUAUCUGCAUUGUAAUGUUGUAAUAUUAUACAGGAUACAAACAUAGACACUACAAAGUGACCCAAACCGCUGGAAAUCGUCGGUGCGCGAGCUUGCCUGCUGUUUAGCAUGCUAGCUCGCUAGUUCAGUAUCCAGCUGCCAAGGCGACCGACGAGCUAAGUAACUAAUCUCAAGACAGCCAUCGAGGCAGCUCGUCCUUAUUUCAUUUUACUGUCCUCCUUUAUUGCGUAGCCAUGGCAACUCGGCGACUGACCGAUGCUUUCUUAUUAAUGCGGAACAAUGCGAUCCAAAACCGGCAGAUAUUGGCUGAGCAAGUGAGUACAUACGACCACCGUCGUACUCUGAAUACACGUAGCAAUGCUGCGGAGUUUGAUGAGCUUGCUGAUGAUCGUAUGGCCCUGGUGUCUGGCAUUAGUUUGGACCCAGAAGCUGCUAUCGGUGUCACAAAAAGACUCCCACCCAAAUGGGUAGAGGGAGUGGAUGAGAUUCAGUAUGAAAUCACACGUAUCCGUCACAAGAUGAAGGAAUUGGCCGGUCUGCACGACAAACACAUGAACCGCCCCACGCUGGAUGACAGCAGCGAAGAGGAACACGCUAUAGAGAUCACCACACAGGAAAUUACACAGAUGUUUCACAGGUGCCAGCGAGCCGUUACAGGACUGCAGACUCAGAGCCAUCACUGUACAGAACAAGAGAGAAAAUUGUUGACCAAUGUGGUCUCCUCGCUGGCUCAGAGCCUUCAAGAUCUUUCAACUAACUUCAGACACACACAGUCAGGCUACUUGAAACGUAUGAAAAACCGUGAGGAACGAUCAAAGCACUUUUUCGACUCGGGUCCCCUUAUGGAUGAAGAUGAAGAUAUCGCACUAUAUGACCGAGGGUUUACAGAUGACCAGCUGGUCAUGGUUCAGCAGAACAGUGUGAUGGUAGAAGAGCGAGAGAGAGAGAUUCGACAGGUUGUUCAGUCCAUCUCGGACCUUAAUGAGAUAUUUAGAGAUCUUGCCGGAAUGGUUGUUGAACAGGGCACGGUGCUUGACAGAAUUGACUUCAAUGUGGAGCAAUCAUGCGUUAAAACAGAAGAGGGGCUUAAGCAGCUCCAAAAGGCUGAGCAGUACCAGAAGAAAGAUCGCAAGAUGCUUGUCAUUUUAAUUCUCUUUGUCAUAGUUGUUGUUCUAAUACUUGUUCUGUUUGGGACAAAGUUUAGUUGAAUCAUUCCAUGGCCUCUAAGAGAGCUCCACCUGUAUUUAUGAGAGUAAACCAAUGUAUUUCUAUGUGUGUGAGUGUGUGUGCGUGCAUGUUGACUUAGGACCAUUGUUUGAGAGAGGAAGGUUUGUCUAACAGAGCUGCUUAUGUUAUCAAAUACUACACAACAUAAUGAAUAGGUGUAGUGCCCUCUGGAGGCCAACCUGUGGCGUGUCUGGAAGAAAGUCCUAAGGAGUGGUACAAGAGUUUGGCACAAGCACAGCACUUCGGAGUGUGACUAUAAGAUGGCCGCGCUUGUUAUCUGGUUAAAAGAGUAAAUGUCGGGAAAAGAUAAGGUUUGGGAUCUUGUCUGUACCUGUCCUGGAAGAGAAGGUCUUAUCCACUUGAAUCUCACAAAACCUGUCCAGCUCACAUUUCACUCCAAAAUAAAAAUACAUUUAAGUGAA